GUAUUUCCGCAAGUUUCCAAGUUCAUGAUGCUGAAGCUGAAGCAGUCAAGAACAAAGCUGCAGAAGAAAAGUUGGAAGAACGUGAAAUGGUUUCCAUGGGCCAUGAGGACAAAACCUUUGACCCUCGUGACAAAGCAGUAGCCCAUGAAUCUGCAGUGCCAAGGCCAAAUCAACUUGUAGCCUUGGACAUUCCUGAAGGUCCUUCUUCCUUUGAGGUAAUGCGUAGACGUGCAGAUGAAGUUGUUGUGGACCCAGUGUUUGAUGACGACGCAGUAGAUGCCUCCUUUCUUGCAACAAUGGAGGAUCAAGUGGAUUUGACUCAUGAUGGUGGACAAGCUGUGGAUUCGGAUGCUCGCACCAUCGAUUUGGUGAAGCGCAACGAGUGGUACAACAGCCAAGUGAAGUACACCCUGGUCAGUCCUGGCUACAAGUACAAUUUGUUGAAGAAGGCGUACAAGCAAGCCAUGUCCAAGUGGGAAGACGAGUAUGAGUACAUUUGGGCCCUCGACAGUGACAUUGAUUUCACAGGUGCGGAUCUCAUUGAACUCUUUUCCUUGGCGAGAUCCUCAGGGUCGCUGAUUGUUGGUCCCACCUUUGCAGGUAUGCAGUCAUGGCUCACCUACACCAUGAGUAUGCAGGAGGUCACAGCUCACGGCUCCAUUGGCUCCAUUGGCUCCAUUGGCUCCGGCUCCAUGGUUCGUCGGGAUCAAAGCGACUUCCAGACCCGCAUCAACGUGCUGGGGAAGCCGGAUCCCCGCUGCAAGCUGCGGCACACGGAUUUCGUCGAGAUGACUGCGCCGCUCCUCUCCAGCAAGGUGCGGAAUAAGGUGAGGGAGGACAAGUCCCUGCGUCUUCUGAAGAUGAAAGACUGCGUGGACUGUGUCCACGACAAGGCCGAGUGGGGCCUAGACCGUGUCUGGUGCAAGUUGGCUCAGAAGCUCUUGGCGCAGACCUCCAAGCCUUGUGCCCUGUUGGACGCCGCACCGGUGCAGCACUUGGACUGGAAGAAGGCGCUCACUACGUGA